AUGAAGUAUCAAGGUCUUAUUGGCCUUAUCUUUUUAUGUGAACUGAGCGCUGUCUUCGCGGAAGAGUCCACUACUACAUCGAGCUCGUCGUCGGACAGCAAGUUCAACGUUCCAGCGCUGUUCAUUACCUUUCGGGAAUCAUUAGAGGGAUGUGUCAUCAUAUCUCUUCUGUUGAACAUGCUCGAUAAGACGGGAUUACACGAACUGAAGCGAUGGGUUUGGUUUGGAGCGUGCUCUGGAAUCGCUGGCUUCAUUGUGGUUGGUGCAAUUCUUAUCAGCGUGUUCUACGCGAUCAAGUCCUCCGUCCCCGAACAUUUUAUGUACGUGUUUGAAGGAAUCCUUGCUCUGUUCGCCUCCUUCAUUCUAGCAGCUCUUGGACUUGGUUUCUUGAGGCUCAAGGAUCUAGAGAAGAAGUGGGAGAACAAACUCUUCAACCGCGAAAACGUCAAAGCACCUGAUGCGCAGACUUCAUGGGUCAAGCAGAAAAUUGCUCAAUUCAAGGACAUGCUCUCAAUCAGACAUCAGGCUAUUGACGAGGAUGUCAGGUCGCGCGGGGUCACUCCAUGGAUGAUCUUCUUCAUCGCUUUUUCGUCGCUUUUUCGCGAGGGAGUGGAAACGGUCUUCAUGCUUCUUUUCGUCAACGCUGAUCCUGGAGGUCUUGCCCUCGGUGGUGCGGUGGGGAGCGUGUGUGGGAUCGUGUUCGGCUACCUGGUGAUGGUGAUCGGGAAGUACUUUCUGGUUGAUGUGUCAAUGUUCUUCAAUCUGACGACUGUCUUCAUCCUGUUCAUCGCGGCCGGGCUCUCAAGAUACGGUUCGCACGAGUUCGAGGAGCUUGCUGCCGAGUGGGCGGCAGAUAGGAACGAUCCAGUCAUAAUGCGCUCCCUGUACGAUCUGACCGAGUCCUGGGGCCCUGGAUGGACUCACACCACUGGAUGGGGGGCCGUUGCUCGUGUGCUGUUGGGGUAUUCGGACAACCCUACCUUGAUCGAGGCCCUGGCGUACCUCUGCUUCUGGCUCCUGGUCGUCACGAUAAUUCUCAAGCGCUACAAGAGGGGAACCCUCUUCACUCGGUUCGCGCCAGGAAGCAGAGCAUCCUCUGAGUCCGACAUCGAGGAAAAGCCGCAGCACUUCGAUGCUAAAAUGAAUGUGGAACAGCCGGUGCCGUCGGUGGCCAUUGCGUUUCAUCAGCCGCUGCAGGGUGAAAUCUUGCCAGUCUGGACGGCGAUGCAACAUCCAGUGUAA